CAGCUCAACAUCCGGCCGAAGCAUUCCCCCGAAGCGCGGCUUCGUUUUUGCUGCGAUCCUCCACUUCCCCUCGGCGGAUGUCAUAGACAGGGCGGAAGUCUCUUUUUGUUUUUAUCCUUUGGUGCUUUCCUAGUGACGUUGUUGCUUACUGAUUAUCUGCGAUCCAUCUUAAACAUGGGACUCGGAUCUCUCAGUAUAUAUAAGUUCCUCCACCCCGCCAGGCACAUCCCCGCUACAUACCUACUUAAAACAUCUACCUAGGUACUUACAUGAGGGAGCCGGGAUAACUAGUUGGUGAUACUUCAGAGCCACCUUGCCCGCCGCAGCCAGCGUAGUUAGAUUUAUAUCUGCCUGCUUCACUUUUGUUCCUCGCGACCGGCUGUGGCUUAAUACAACGGACAAUAUAUUACUACAUACAUUACAAGACACACCGAUGGCCCCCCACGCUGCUGCUGGUGCUGGCACUGCCGGCGAUGCGGCUCAGAAGGCCGUCGUCGAGGGGACGCUGACCGUCGCCAACGUCGCCGCCAACAGGACCAGGUGUGCCCUCCCCAAGGGUGUCGCCGCCUUCUCCGACAGUAGCAUGUUCAAGAGCGCGGCAUCAGCGUCACAGCCGAAAGCGAAGAGAUGGGACCGCUACCUUACCGAAGAGAGCAAGCUGCGAAAGCCCUCGACCCUGAAGCAGGUGGCUCUCUACAUGGGCCCCAAUGUGAUCUCUCUUGGAGGUGGCCUGCCGUCCCAGGAAUACUUCCCCUUCCACGAGAUCUCCGUCAAAGCUCCCAGCCCUCGCCAGUUUGCAGACCCGGCCCCGGCUAAUCCCGAGUGUGUCUUCUCCUCCACCAAGCAUGAUGUGGUAGACGGAACGAGCGAAUUCGACCUCGAGGUGGCUCUCAACUACGGCCAGUCCGUCGGAUACGCUGCUCUCGUGCGAUGGAUCACCGAACACGUCGAGAUCGUUCAUAACCCUCCAUAUGGCGAUUGGGAAAUCACCAUGGCUCCCGGGAGCACGCAGGGAUGGGACUUUGUUCUGCGCAUGCUCUGCAAGCCUGGCGACAUGAUUCUCACGGAAGAAUACACUUUCUGCUCGGCCAUGGAGGGUGCCGCUGCCCAGGGCGUCACCCCCUUCCCCGUCAAGGUCGACGCCGAAGGCCUCCUCGCUACCUCUCUGGACGAAAUCCUCACCAAUUGGGACCCGGCUGCGCACGGCGGUGCUCGCAAGCCAAUCGUGCUCUACACCGUCCCCUCCGGCCAGAACCCAACGGGCGCCACACAGAGCGCCGAACGACGCAGGGAAGUCUACAAGGUCGCCCAGAAACACGACAUCAUCGUCGUCGAGGACGAGCCAUACUACUUCCUCCAGAUGGAGCCCUACACGGGGCUCAACACACCCACCCCUCCACCGCCAGCAACCACCGACGAGUUUCUCAAGACACUCAUCCCUUCAUACCUCAGCAUGGACACAGACGGGCGCGUCAUCAGGCUCGACUCUUUCUCCAAGGUGAUCUCCCCCGGCUCUCGAGUCUCUUUCCUCGUUUCCUCUGCCCAGUUCACAGAACGCAUGAUCAGGCAGGCAGAAACUUCCACCCAGGCUCCCAGCGGAAUGGCUCAGAUCAUACUCUACAAGCUCCUAGACGAGUCAUGGGGCCAUGAGGGAUAUCUCAAGUGGCUCAUUCACAUCCGCAUCGAGUACACAAAGCGCAGAAACUGCAUCAUGGAUGCCUGCGAGGAGUUUCUACCCAAGGCCGUGGCGUCCUGCAACCCUCCGACUGCAGGCAUGUUCAACUGGAUGCGGGUUGACUGGAAGAAACACCCUGCCUACCAGCAAGGAAAGGACCACAAGGCUAUUGAAGAAAUGAUUUUCCUGGCCGCCGUCGAUGCUGGUGUCCUUGUUUCACGCGGAAGCUGGUUCUUGGCCGACCAGUCGGCUACCGAGGAAGACAUGUUCUUCAGGUCGACUUUCGCCGCUGCCCCGGCAGACAAGAUCAGGGAAGCCAUCAGGCGGUUCGGCGAGGUCCUCAAAGCCCAGUUCAACAUCUAG